UAUGCCUCCAUGUACAGCUCGCUCAAAGCACCAAGUGCCGAUGCACGCACACCAACGCGUUUGUUUUAUGCGACUCGUACAAGCUCAUGCAGGUUGCACAAAAUCGUGGUGACCAGCGAACAAGGGCACACCGCAGGAGUUCCGGUUUCUUGGGACUCGAUCAAUCUGUGAACAUCACUCAAUGCCAGGGGGUCUGUGACAGGGAUGCAGAGAUCCUAGCCAGGGGAUUGCACCCGGUUGGCCAGCCAUGUCACGAGACGUCCCUCUUCAAACCGAAGGGGGGCGAGAGCCCGUACAAUCACGUUACAGGCACGCUGAUUUGUCCGUUGGGACAGUACAGACAGAGUACGGGGCCUGCUAUUGCUGCGGUGGCGAUGAGAAAAGGGGGGUGGAAGUCGUUCUUCGCCUUGUUGAGAGCGACCAACUCGCAAGGUUGCCAAGUAAUAAUAGCGACAUCAAAGUCUCCGGGAUGUUCUCUCCACCGCACUCACCUGCUGUCACAGCGAACAGAGCCGGGUUUUUUUUCUCUCACCUGCCUAAGAUGCCACCAAAAUAAGCCGAACGUCGUCAAGCACGGUUCGCAAAGCGCCUUUGGCAGCUUUUAUUCCCUGAAAGCGGGCUUCCAUCCGAGUUUUGUCAGUGCAGAGCAUGCUCGGAGCUUAUGCCCAAGCCAGUAGAAAAACAGGUCGAUAGUGUGGCCUCCAAACGAAGAAAUGAAGAGCUGCGGCCGAGGGACGAGGCAACAAUCCGCUGCAACAGUCGCUCCUAGCAAGUACGGGAGACCAGGAACAGUACCUGGUCAGUCAGUGUACAGACGAAUGCAAAAUUCUGACCUGUUACACUGCAGUCUGGUAUUAUACGGCCCCUUUUCUAUUUCCCCCUAAGGGGAAGCUUUUGAUUGGAUGCUGCGUCUCCUGAUUGCAGACGGACAGUGCGU